CUAUCAAAUAAUUUGAAUUAUUCUGUGUAUGCGAAUUUAGACCGCUCAGCUAAAGCAACGUCUGAAACGGUUGAAAUGUGAAGGUCUAGCGCUACAGUCACGGACGUCCAAUUGCUGUGGAUACAAUGGUUUCGAUUUAUUUAUUAUUGGUGACAAUAUUUUAAUUUAGAAAUUAGCUAUAAUUAUUUAAUUCGUAGAGCGAAUAGUUGCAAAUCAUCAAAAAAUAAUCAAUAUAGAGUAAAUUAAAUAAUGGAUGAAGCCAAAUUUCUGAAAAGAAAAGUACGAUCAGGUACUUUAGAUGUCCAUCCAACGGAAAAGGCAUUAGUAGUCAAUUAUGAUGUCGAGGCAUUGAUUCUUGGAGAAUUGGGUGAUCCUAUGUUGGGUGAUCGUAAAGAAUGUCAAAAAAUAAUUCGAUUAAAGAGCCUAAAUGCAGACACAAAUGUAUCAUUAUUAGCCAAAGAAGUGAUGGAAAAAUGCUCUCUAAUUCACGAAUCAAAGUUACAUGAAGUAGAACAAUUAAUUUAUUAUUUGAAGAAUCGUAAACCUAACAAUGACUCGAACGACUCUAAUACUCAGUCUCCUAGACCAGCUUCAUCGAACGCAUCAGGCUCUGAAAAUGGAGAUGUCGAACGAGCAGUUAUUAGUAAUGUUGAUAGUUAUAUCGAGUUAUUAUAUGAAGAAAUUCCCGGUAAAAUAAAAGGAUCUUCAUUGAUCUUACAACUUGCCAGAAUGCCGGAUAAUUUAUUAGAGUUAACAAAAAAUGAAUCACUGUUGAGUGCUCUCGCUAGAGUAUUAAGAGAAGAUUGGAGGAGAAGUAUUGAACUUUCUACAAAUAUUAUUUACAUAUUUUUCUGCUUUUCUACAUACAGUCAGUUUCACAAUAUUAUAUUGGAAUACAGAAUUGGAUCUUUAUGCAUGGAAAUUCUAGAACAUGAAUUACUCAGGUAUGAUCACUGGAAAGACGAUAUGGAAAAAUGUCGAAGGCAUUUUGAAACCAGUACCGGAUUAGUUUUAUUUCCUUCAACGAAUGGAAUCAACAAUGACAAAAAAGUUAAACUCACUGAUGAUAUCUGGAAUUGUGAAGGCCCUUUAAAUUAUGAAAUAAAAAGAAGAUCUGCUGAUUUAAAUUUAUAUGUUUCUGAAAAUGAAGUAAAACGAUUAAAAGAAGAUUUGGAGAAAAGUCGUAAAAAAUUCAGAAGUCUAACAAAAAAACAAGAACAACUAUUGAGGGUUGCUUUUUAUUUAUUAAUAAAUAUAGCAGAAAAUACUGAUGUAGAGCGAAAAAUGCGUAAGAAAAAUAUUAUCGGAAUGUUGAUAAAGACUUUAGACAGAUCGAAUACAGAUUUAUUGAUUUUGGUCGUUACAUUCCUUAAAAAACUCUCAAUAUUCCGUGAAAAUAAAGAUUUAAUGGCUGAGGAAAAUAUAAUUGAAAAAUUACCGAGAUUAUUUCAAAAUAAUAAUACAGAUCUUGUAUUGAGUACAUUAAAAUUAUUAUUCAACUUAUCUUUCGAUGCUAAAUUGCGUGGUAAGAUGGUGAGAGUUGGUCUACUUCCAAAACUCAUUAAACUACUCAGCCACAGUGAAAUUAAAAAUAAGACAACAAUACUCGGAUUAUUAUAUCAUCUCAGUAUGGAUGACAAAGUUAAGCAAAUGUUUGGUAAUAUUGACUGCAUUCCAUUGAUAACAGAAAUGGUGUUAGAAUCAGAAGAAGAACGUCCUAAAAAAGAGUUGAUUGCUCUUUGUAUAAAUCUAGCAGCUAAUAAUAAAAAUGCUCAAUUGAUGAUUGAAAAUAAUCGAUUACAUGGGUUAAUACGUAAAGCAUUUAGAAAUCAAGAUUCUUUAAUUAUGAAAAUGAUAAGAAAUAUAUCUCAACAUGAUUCAACAAAAGAACAUUUUGUCGAGUUUGUUGGAGACUUUGCUAUGGCUUUAACACAAUCUGAUUCGCAAGAUUUUGUAUUAGAAAUCGUCGGCGUUCUCGGUAAUUUAGUACUUCCCGAUUUGGAUUAUGCUCAAAUUCUUCAACGGUGUGAUCUAAUUCCAUGGAUACGAAAUAAUCUAGUGCCCGGAAAAGUUCAAGAUGAUCUAGUUCUUGAAAUUGUCGUUUUGCUUGGCACUGCUGCUUCAGAUGAAGAUUGCGCCAGAUUAUUGUGUAAAGCAGAUAUUUUAUUGUCACUUAUUGAACUUCUUAAAGCUAAACAAGAAGAUGAUGAAAUAGUACUGCAAAUAAUUUAUGUAUUUUAUCAAAUUGCCGUUCAUGAAUCAACAAGAGAUUAUCUGAUUCAUGAAACAAAUAAUGAAGCACCUGGUUAUUUAAUCGAUUUAAUGCAUGAUAAAAAUCCUGCUAUACGUAAAGUUUGUGAUGCUUGUUUAGAUGUAAUUGCUUUAUGUGAUAAAAAUUGGGCAGUCAGAAUUAAAGUUGAAAAAUUUCGAUCUCACAAUCAACAGUGGCUAGAGAUGGUUGAAUCAAUAGCAGUCGAUAAUGCUAAUCAUUUAAUUAUUGAUGAAGAUGACAGCUUACCUCCGUUUAUGAGUGGUGAUCUGUUGAAGCACACAAUGCUUUUUCCUUCAGGAAAUUCUACUUCUUUCAAUUCCGAUGAUGCAGAAUCUGUUGUCAAAAAUUUUUCAGAUUCUCCAGAAAAUCCCAGUCGACCUGCUAGUCGUCGAGACCUUGAUGAUAUUAAUGAGUUUAUGGCUCGUUCAAAAUCUCGAAUGUCUAUUGGAUCUGGAAUGGACGAUCUUUAUAGCUCCAAAGUUAGAUUUUCUGAAGCUGAAUCAUCUCAUGUGAGGAUAUAAACAGGAAGAUAUUCCAAAAGAUUAGAGAAGGGCGCAUUGCACGGCACUUCAAAGCUUAAUGUUUCGUAAACAGAAUUUUAAAAUGAAUAAAAAAAUGGUAAAUAAUAUUUUAAUUUUAUUUAUAACAAGUGCACGAAAUAAAUUUUUUAUUCUUAUUUUGUAUGAGGAAAGAUACAUUUGAAUCAUUCUUUUUCAAUGUAUUCCUACAUAUUGACUGAGAUCUCCAAUUAAAGCAUAUACUUGUCAAAUUUUUCUCAUUUUUGUUUUAAUUGUAGAACAGAACAGAAAAAUUAAAUUAUGAACUUCAAAUUUUAUGCCUAGAGCUUUUUAAUUUUUAGAAAAGACUCAUAAUAGAAUUAGAGAUGUGUUACUCUUAAUUACUGUAACUGAAAAUUUCUCAAAUCAAAAGUGUAAUUAGGAUAUCUUUUGUUUAAAUUAAUUUUAUGUUGACUACUUAAUUUAUUACUUAAAGAAUGUUAUUUUGUUUGUAAAAGUGGCUAGAUACCAGCUUGCACAAGUUGUAGAAUGUUUUUUUACAAUUAACAUAAGCAUUAAGAUCUUUUAUUUUAAAUAAAGCAUAAUUUUAUUAUAAUCAUGCUUGUCUCAGACUUCGAACAAGUUCUGUACUGAUCUCAUUGUACGUAUUAGACAUUUAUUAAACAAUAAAAAGCUUAAAUAA